CACGGUGGCAAUGACCAAGUGUCCAUGCAACUGAGAAAAUGAGAGAGAGAAGUAGGCAAUAAUGUAAUUUUAGUUGGAGAAAUGCGCCAUCUUACCUGCAGUUCUAAAUUGUACACACUACCCCCAACCUCUCUCACCAUUGAAUCGAUCACCAUCAGUCUUUCUUUUCCUUAACGUACAACCCAGGAAGCGGUUGAUUCACAAAUUGCGUGAAAAGCUCAUUAACAACAAAUAUUCCACCACCAAUCUCUGCCUUCUAGAUCUGCAGAGGCUUCUCUCUCUCUCUCUCUCUCUCUCUCUCUCAAAAAACUACAAUCUUUGUGGUGCUGAUAUCUUCUCCGCCUAUCGGUUUCUGAACAAAGCCCCAAUCCAGCUACAAUGGCCGCUUCAAAUGCCCCCAUUGCCAUGAGAGAGAUCCUAACGUUGCCAAGUAUUGGGAUUAAUCCCCAAUUCAUCACAUUUACGCAUGUGACAAUGGAAUCGGAGAAGUACAUUUGCGUUAGGGAAACGUCGCCGCAGAAUAGUUGUGUUAUAAUUGAUAUGAAUAUGCCUAUGCAGCCUUUGAGACGUCCAAUUACCGCUGAUUCCGCGUUAAUGCAUCCCAAUACCAGAAUUCUCGCUCUCAAAGCUCAUGUUCCGGGAACUACUCAGGAUCAUUUACAAAUAUUCAACAUUGAAUUGAAAACAAAGAUCAAAUCACAUCAGAUGACUGAGCAGAUUGUCUUCUGGAAGUGGAUCACUUCAAACAUGUUGGGCCUGGUGACCCAGACCUCAGUAUAUCAUUGGUGCAUGGAAGGUGAUUCUGCGCCUGUAAAGGUGUUUGAGCGGACAGCUAAUCUGUCAAACAAUCAAAUAAUAAACUAUCGUUGUGAUCCAACUGAAAAGUGGUUGAUUUUAAUAGGAAUUGCUCCUGGUUCAGCAGAGAGGCCACAACUGGUUAAAGGAAAUAUGCAGCUUUUCUCUGUGGAACAGCAACGUAGUCAGGCUCUUGAAGCACAUGCUGCCUCAUUUGCUACAUUUAAAGUUCCUGGGAAUGAGCAACCUUCACUGCUUAUUUCUUUUGCCUCAAAGUCCAUUAAUGCUGGACAAGUUACAUCAAAGAUGCAUGUGAUUGAACUUGGUGCACAGCCAGGAAGACAUGCAUUUACUAAGAAGCAAGCAGAUUUAUUUUUUCCUCCAGAUUUUGCUGAUGAUUUUCCUGUUUCAAUGCAGAUAUCACAAAAGUAUGGUUUGAUAUAUGUGAUUACAAAGCUUGGACUUCUAUUUGUUUACGACCUAGAGACGGCAUCUGCAGUUUAUAGGAACCGAAUCAGUCCAGAUCCUAUAUUUUUGACAGCCGAAGCUUCUUCUGUUGGGGGAUUUUAUGCCAUCAAUCGGCGAGGCCAGGUGUUGCUUGCUACUGUUAAUGAAAAUACAAUUGUAUCUUUUGUUAGUGGUCAGUUAAACAAUCUUGAACUUGCUGUUAAUCUUGCCAAGAGAGGAAACCUUCCUGGUGCAGAAGAACUGGUUGUCCAACGUUUCCAAGAAUUGUUUGCUCAGACAAAGUAUAGGGAGGCUGCAGAGCUUGCUGCAGAGUCUCCACAAGGAGUACUUCGUACACCUGAUACAGUUGCUAAAUUUCUGAGUGUCCCCGUGCAAGCUGGGCAAACCCCACCACUAUUACAAUACUUUGGAACUUUGUUAACUAGGGGAAAAUUAAAUGCAUAUGAAUCAUUGGAAUUAUCACGUCUAGUCGUAAAUCAAAACAAGAAAAAUCUUUUGGAAAAUUGGUUGGCAGAGGACAAGCUAGAAUGUAGUGAGGAGCUUGGAGAUCUUGUGAAGACAGUGGAUAAUGACCUUGCUCUAAAAAUAUAUAUUAAAGCGAGGGCAACUCCAAAAGUUGUUGCAGCAUUCGCUGAAAGGAGGGAAUUUGACAAGAUUUUAAUAUACUCAAAGCAGGUUGGAUAUUCACCUGAUUACUUGUUCCUUCUGCAAACAAUUUUGCGGACAGAUCCUCAGGGGGCUGUUAAUUUUGCUCUAAUGAUGUCUCAAAUGGAGGGAGGUUGCCCUAUUGAUUACAAUACAAUUACAGAUCUAUUCCUUCAGAGGAACUUGAUCCGCGAAGCAACAGCCUUUCUGUUGGAUGUGCUAAAGCCAAAUCUACCUGAGCAUGGGUUUCUUCAGACAAAGGUUUUGGAAAUUAAUCUUGUAACUUUUCCAAAUGUUGCGGAUGCUAUAUUAGCCAAUGGCAUGUUCAGUCACUAUGACCGCCCACGUGUUGCUCAACUUUGUGAAAAAGGUGGUUUGUAUCUACGUGCCUUACAGCACUACACUGAGUUGCCGGAUAUCAAACGUGUCAUUGUGAAUACACAUGCAAUUGAGCCACAGGCUCUUGUUGAGUUCUUUGGAACCCUUUCCAGAGAAUGGGCACUUGAGUGCAUGAAAGAUCUUCUGUUGGUCAAUCUGAGGGGCAAUCUCCAGAUUAUUGUGCAGACUGUCAAAGAAUAUGCAGAUCAGUUGGGUAUAGAAGCAUGUAUAAAAUUAUUUGAGCAGUUUAAGUCUUAUGAAGGAUUAUACUUUUUCCUCGGAUCAUAUUUGAGUUCCAGUGAGGAUCCUGAUAUCCACUUCAAGUACAUUGAGGCAGCUGCUAAAACUGGACAAAUUAAGGAGGUGGAACGUGUGACUCGGGAAUCGAACUUUUAUGAUGCUGAAAAGGCGAAAAACUUUUUAAUGGAAGCCAAGCUUCCAGAUGCUCGUCCUCUGAUUAAUGUUUGCGAUCGUUUUGGUUUUGUUCCAGAUCUCACUCAUUACCUAUAUACAAACAACAUGCUUCGUUACAUUGAAGGUUAUGUUCAAAAGGUUAAUCCAGCAAAUGCUCCGCUAGUUGUUGGCCAGCUCUUAGAUGAUGAAUGCCCUGAGGAUUUCAUUAAAGGUCUUAUAUUAUCAGUUCGUUCUCUCCUUCCAGUUGAACCACUGGUGGACGAAUGUGAGAAGAGGAAUCGACUCCGCUUACUCACUCAGUUCUUAGAGCAUCUUGUGAGUGAAGGAAGCCAAGAUGUACAUGUUCAUAAUGCUCUGGGUAAAAUCAUCAUUGACAGCAACAACAAUCCAGAGCAUUUUCUCACUACCAACCCAUAUUAUGAUUCUCGUGUUGUGGGUAAAUAUUGUGAGAAACGGGAUCCCACCCUUGCUGUUGUUGCUUACCGUAGAGGGCAAUGCGAUGAUGAACUCAUAAACGUUACAAAUAAAAACUCCUUGUUCAAACUGCAGGCCAGAUAUGUAGUGGAAAGAAUGGAUGAGGAACUUUGGGACAAAGUUCUUAAGCCUGAAAAUGAGUAUAGAAGGCAGUUAAUUGAUCAAGUUGUAUCUACUGCUUUGCCUGAAAGCAAGAGUCCUGAGCAAGUUUCAGCGGCUGUCAAAGCCUUUAUGACUGCUGACCUUCCACAUGAGUUGAUUGAGCUUCUUGAAAAGAUUGUUCUACAAAACUCUGCUUUUAGUGGGAAUUUCAAUCUUCAGAAUUUGCUAAUUCUGACUGCCAUCAAGGCGGACUCAUCCAGAGUUAUGGAUUACAUCAAUAGGUUAGACAACUUUGAUGGACCUGCAGUUGGAGAGGUGGCCGUGGAAGCACAAUUGUAUGAAGAAGCAUUUGCCAUCUUCAAGAAGUUCAAUUUGAAUGUUCAGGCUGUAAAUGUUCUGUUGGAUAACAUUAGAAGCAUAGAUCGAGCUGUAGAAUUUGCGUUCCGAGUUGAAGAAGAUGCUGUUUGGAGCCAAGUAGCAAAGGCCCAACUGCGAGAGGGUCUAGUGAGUGAUGCCAUUGAGUCAUUCAUCCGUGCAGAUGAUGCAACCCAGUUUUUGGAUGUUAUACGUGCUGCUGAGGAUGCAGAGGUGUACCAUGACUUGGUGAGGUACUUACUGAUGGUCAGGCAGAAAGUGAAGGAGCCCAAGGUUGACAGUGAACUCAUUUAUGCUUAUGCUAAGAUUGAUCGGCUGGGUGACAUUGAAGAGUUCAUUCUUAUGCCAAAUGUUGCUAAUCUCCAAAAUGUUGGAGAUCGUCUUUAUGAUGAGGCCCUUUAUGAAGCAGCCAAGAUUAUAUAUGCAUUUAUCUCUAACUGGGCUAAACUGGCAGUUACGCUUGUCAAGCUAAAGCAGUUCCAAGGUGCUGUUGAUGCUGCUCGGAAAGCCAACAGCUCAAAAACAUGGAAGGAGGUUUGUUUUGCUUGUGUUGAUGCUGAGGAAUUCCGCUUGGCUCAGAUCUGUGGUCUCAACAUCAUUAUCCAGGUGGAUGAUUUGGAAGAGGUCAGUGAGUAUUAUCAAAAUAGGGGAUGCUUCAGUGAGCUCAUUUCUCUUAUGGAGAGUGGAUUGGGGUUGGAGCGUGCGCAUAUGGGAAUUUUUACUGAGUUGGGAGUUCUAUAUGCCAGAUACCGUCACGAGAAGCUUAUGGAGCACAUUAAACUGUUUUCAACUCGUCUUAACAUUCCAAAGCUUAUACGAGCAUGUGAUGAACAGCAGCACUGGAAGGAACUAGUUUAUUUGUAUAUCCAAUAUGAUGAAUUUGACAACGCUGCAACAACAAUUAUGAAUCACUCACCAGAAGCAUGGGAACAUAUGCAAUUUAAAGAUGUGAUUGUCAAAGUUGCUAGUGUUGAGCUCUACUACAAGGCUGUCCACUUCUACUUGCAAGAACAUCCUGAAGUUAUCAAUGAUCUUCUUAAUGUACUUGCUCUUCGUGUUGACCAUACCCGAGUGGUGGAUAUAAUGCGAAAGGCUGGUCACAUCCGUCUUGUGAAGCCAUACAUGAUUGCAGUUCAGAGCAACAAUGUUUCUGCUGUAAAUGAAGCUCUGAAUGAAAUAUACAUAGAGGAGGAAGACUAUGAAAGACUACGUGAAUCAAUUGAUUAUCAUGAUAACUUUGAUCAAAUAGGUCUUGCACAAAGGAUUGAGAAACAUGAGCUGCUUGAGAUGCGGCGUGUUGCUGCUUAUAUUUACAAGAUAGCAGGAAGAUGGAAGCAGUCCAUUGCAUUGUCAAAGAAAGACAAUCAUUACAAAGAUGCCAUGGAGACAUGUUCCCAAUCUGGUGAUCGUGAGCUUUGCGAGGAAUUGCUUGUCUACUUCAUUGAGCAGGGAAAGAAAGAGUGUUUUGCAUCAUGUCUCUUUGUUUGUUAUGAUUUGAUCCGGCCAGACGUUGCCCUUGAGCUUGCAUGGAUAAAUCAUAUGAUAGAUUUUGCCUUUCCAUAUAUCUUGCAGUUUAUGCGUGAGUACACUAGCAAGGUGGAUGAACUUAUCAAGGACAAAAUUGAAGCUCAAAAUGAGCAGAAAUCUAAAGAAAAAGAGGAGAAGGAGCUGGUAGCUCAACAGAAUAUGUAUGCUCAGUUGCUGCCUGCUUUGCCAGCGCCACCCCCACCGGGAAUGGGUGGAGGUUUUGCUCCACAACCACAAAUGCCAAUGCCAAUGGGUGGAAUGGGGAUGGGGGGUAUGGGGAUGCCUCCAUUGCCACCUUAUGGAUUGCCACCAAUGGGCUACUAAUCUUUGGGUGGCUUCUUGAAGAUUCACAUUCAGAAAUAUGUUGCAACUUCUUCUACAUAGUUGAGAGCUAGAAAUAUCACAAUUCAAUUUUUUUUCUUUUUUCCUAUUGAAGGCUUAUGUUGAGUUUAUUUGCCUCUUAUUUCGCAGUUCAUUUUUUCAUUUUUUUUCCAUUUUUUUCCCCCCCUUCCAAUAUUUUUUGGGCCGCGGAAGCAAAUUUUCACUUGGCAGUCGUAGUCUGAGUCGAGCCAAGUGCUGUUUUAGUGAGAUCUUGGUGGAUGUUUUUGUGGCAUGUAGGCCACAUGUAUAGGUCAUUUUAUUUUUGUUUAUUUUUUUAUUUUUUCAGUAGCUUCAUCUUCUUGGCUGUCAUGAUACAUUUAAUUAGUGAUAAAAAUUUUGUAGUCA